CGCGGCGCCGCGCUGCCGUGGUGGACGCAUAGCGCUGCACUGGAAUCCCCUUGAGUGUAAAGUGUCCUGCACUACUGCGCCGGACCGCCGCGUAAGCUAAUUCCAUCUGUGUGGUUGCAGAGUGUGCGUACAGAGCAUCUGGCAAUGGCUGCUCGCGCGGCAUCGAUGCUCGCAGCAUUUGUCAUUGGUUGUACGGCGUGGCGACCAGCUCUCAUAUCGCAUCGUAAUGCACUGCGCGCAAUCCGCACGAAACGACUCGCGCAGCCCGAAGCCGACGAGGAAUGCAUCGCUGUCGACGACUGGGCCGUCGGCGAGUUCGCUGCUCGUUGUGCACCGAUGGAGCCGUCGCAGGACCUCGGCCCGGGCCAGGUCGUGAGCGCUUGUUUCCGCGGUUUGCAGUUCGUAGACAUCCCGACGAAGAACGCUGGUUUAGAACGGUGCCACGCGUUCAUGACGCUGGGUGCGCGGGUGGCGGUCACCGCUGUAGGCCGUCAGGAAGAGAACCGCGGCGUGGACGUAUUCAUCGAACGCGGCCAGCUCUCGCCAGUGCUGAGGCCAUUCUUCGGAGCGUCGCGGAUAGACAUAGGCGAGCUAACAGAAAUCGCCGGAACGCCUACCAGAGGAGCUCUCGCGUCGGUGGCGUUGAGAGUGGUCGGCAGCCCAAUGGGGGCGAUGCGGCACCCGUCCGGUAUUCCCAAGGACGACAUCGCGCUGAGCAACGCGAUCUUCGCAAUACGCCUAGAAAAGCAAAGACGACCGCCACCGCGCGACGUCUGGCUCAUCACGGACAUCAUCGACACCUCCUGCGUCGGGAGCAACCGGCCCCUGUAAAUAUGUUGUAC